CAGCAACAAAGAACAACUUGUCUCCCUUCUUCCUCCUCGUCCUCCAAGCCAAGAAACUCCUCGUCUCCUUCAAUUCGCCUCCUCCUCUUCUUCUUCUCCCUGCCACUGCCAGGCCAAGAAACUCCCAGCGUGAAAGAAGCGGGCGAUCGGCGAUGGGGAAGAUGUGCUGUAGCCAGGAGGAGGACGAGGCGGGGUUCAACCUGCUGCCGCUGCUCAUGGCCGCCUUCGUCAUCAUGCUGCUCUUCGUCGUCUGCUCGCCGCCGCCCCGGCGCAGGCGCUGCGUCGUCGUCCCGUGCUACUAACCUCAUGAUCGGCGGCGCGGCUCUGCAGGCAGGCAGGCAAGUGUUGGUUGUGUGGUGGGCGUUUGGUUGGUGGUGUCUGAAUUUUCUGACUGAUGCGUGUUGGGUGGUUCCACGGAAGAAUAAUCUCAUCUCUGCUGGUUUGGAAUGGAUCGGACUGUAAAGCUAAAGUCGUUCUGUGGCAAGUAAGUCUUGCUUGUUGUUAAUUAUAUUCGUACUCGAAUUGAUGUGCGUGCCGUCGAUUAUUCUC